AUGCAUUCGAGGACGUUCCUCUCAACUGAACGUCCAGAAGAGGACGCUGACCUCGAGGAAUUCCUCCUCGUAGAUCCCGAGCACGACGACGCUGACCCCAGGGCCCUUGACGUCGCCACUGUCCGCGAGGAAAACCUCCUCGAAGAUCCCGAUCUCCUCCUCGAUGAUCCCGAGGACGACGACGCUGACCCCGAGGAAUCCCUCCUCGAAGAUCUCGAGCAGGACGUCACUGGCUUCGAGGAAUUCGUAGAAGAGGUACACGCCAAUGACUCCGAGGAAUCCCUCCUCGUAGAUCUCGAGCAGGACGUCACUGGCUUCGAGGAAUUCGUAGAAGAGGUACACGCCAAUGACUCCGAGGAAUCCCUCCUCGGAGAUCUCGAGGAGGACGCCACCGACCCCGAGGAAUUCCUCCUCGGAAAUCCAGAGGAGGACGCCAUCGACCCCGAGGAAUUCCUCCUCGGAGAUCCAGAGGAGGACGGCGCUGACCCCAAGGAAUCCCUCCUCGUAGAUCCCGAGCACGACGACGCUGACCCCAGGCAAGAUCUCCUCCUCGAUGAUCCCGAGGACGACGACGCUGACCCCGAGGAAUCCCUCCUCGAAGAUCUCGAGCAGGACGUCACUGGCUUCGAGGAAUUCGUAGAAGAGGUACACGCCAAUGACUCCGAGGAAUCCCUCCUCGUAGAUCUCGAGCAGGACGUCACUGGCUUCGAGGAAUUCGUAGAAGAGGUACACGCCAAUGACUCCGAGGAAUCCCUCCUCGGAGAUCUCGAGGAGGACGCCACCGACCCCGAGGAAUUCCUCCUCGGAGAUCCAGAGGAGGACGCCAUCGACCCCGAGGAAUUCCUCCUCGGAGAUCCAGAGGAGGACGGCGCUGACCCCAAGGAAUCCCUCCUCGUAGAUCCCGAGCACGACGACGCUGACCCCAGGGCCCUUGACGUCGCCACUGUCCGCGAGGAAAAUCUCCUCGAAGAUCCCGGUUAG